UCUUUAAUUAAUAAAAAUUAUUAUUAAAAAAUAAAAAAUAUAUAAUUUUUAUAAAACUAUAUAAAAUUCUUUAUGUAAGUAACUCAUGUCCGUUGAAUUCUUGCUCAUUACGUAGUAAAAAAAACGAAUAGGCGGUCAUGGCAGCAAAAUGUGCUUUAAUUCUACUGUAUUUUUAUAUUAUAGCUGACAAAUCGUGAUAGCGGAAAUGUUCUACAGUUAUGAUUGAAUUUCCUGGCAUACUAUACUACUAAGAACUUGUGUAGAAAACAAUUCAAAAUUCCAAAAUCAGACAACGAUUGUAGAUUUAAGAUUAACUUUUUUCUAUGAGCGCGAGGAAGUGGAACUUGAGCAAAUCAAUCCGACCUAACUUAAUUCGUCUUCGAGCAUGCUGGCCGCGAUUCCUCGCUUCAUUCUCGCUACUCAAGUUCCUCUGCUUACAUCUUUUUGUGCGCUAUGACUUUAAUGGCUACGCGGCUCCAUGUGCGAGAGGAUCGUGCGUGUACAACGGAGGCGCCGGGCCACCUGUUGCGGCCCCCGCUCGCGUACCCCGGCCCGGCCGGCUCCGGGGCCCCGGUACCAUCGCAAAGUGGGGAACCAGGCUCGGCCACGAUUGGUGGCCCGGCACGUGCUACACGAGGGUGCCUCGCUCCGCGAACGCAUAAAUAUCCCGGCGCUGGUCCAUCCGACUUCAGAACUACCCUGUGACUCGACUCGACUGUGUAUCGACCGACGCGCGAGAAAGUCAUCCGAACCCAUCCUGAACUGAUCAUCGAGUCCCGAUACUACCGGUGCUCAUUGGCGUCUCGCUCGACAAUCCCAGUCGCGAUCUCGAGAAGGGAAUCGAAGCCCCGGAAGAAGAGGGGGAGGCGACGUCUCCGUUCCCCAUCGAGAAUUAAGUGCGAAGUUUCAGUGAAAGGAUCAUUUUUUUCCGAGGAGCGGGAGGAGAAAAGCCGAAUCCUUCCUCGCUCCCCUUCGUGGAGUCUUCGUCGCGCGCGCGUGCAUCGUUCCCGGCGCAGAUCCUGCUAUGGAACUGCAGGAGAUGUUCCGUUACGGAUACAUGUUCCCGCCGCGCGAGGACGAGCCGCUCGUGCCUGCCUGCGCGUACCUGGACCUGCCGAGUUACGCGAAGACGACGACGUGCAAGUCCUCGACCGUCUCCGUCGGCCUGCCGCCCGUCAGCACCCUCGCCGUGCCGCAGAGCCUCGUCUACGACAGCAGCAACUGCAGCGACGGCUGGCACACCCCGAGUCCCACCGCCAGUCUGCGCUCCGUCAGCCCGGCCACCACGUUGUCGAUCUCCUCGGAGCCGGAGACGGUGAACAGCGCGCCGCCGACGUAUCGGCUGCUGGGCACGGCUAUCAAGGAUAAGAGGAGCGCGGCGAAGAGGGGAUCAUCGAUGAUCGGUCUGAGCAACAUGGGGAACAAGCGGCUGCGCGUCGACACGAUGGACCAUCACCUCAUGGCCGAGGAGAUAAUCAACCUGGACGGCGAACGCGAGGACACCGAGGAGACGAUCAACAGCCUGGACGCCGAGAAGGCGCGAUCCUGUCACGGCAGUAUCGUCAGCAAUUCCAGCAGCGACAGAACGUUGGACGGCGACAGCGAGGAGGACGCGGACGAGGUCAGCGACGGGGGCGCGGACCAUCCGGAGAACGCGCACGUCACCUCCGGCGGCCGCGACCCCCGCAGAAGGGGCAAGUACGUAAACUCGACGAUCGUGAGAAAACGCCGGCUGGCGGCGAACGCGCGCGAGAGGAGGCGGAUGCAGAAUCUGAACAAGGCGUUCGACAGGCUGCGCGCCUACCUACCAUCCCUGGGCAACGAUAGACAGCUAUCGAAAUACGAGACGCUGCAGAUGGCUCAAUCCUACAUCACCGCGCUUUACGACCUGCUGCAGUGAGCAUGAGGAGGAAGCGGAAGUAGAAAGCCGGGGGGGAGAGAGUGCGCGUUCGUUCGCCGCGACACCGGAAGCCGAUCGAACGAGAGUUGGGGAUCGAACGCGAGCACGUAAUUCGCGAGUUCUUUCCUCGACAAUGUUUUAGUCACCGCCGCGAUCGAAGCUACGUGAAAACUGCUUGAUGAGAAAGAUCGAAAAAAACAGUAGAGGUAGAUUCUGACAAAGUUUAAUACGGAAAUUUGAAUAAUGAUUUAUUACGGCUAAUAUUAACGCAUCUGAGACACGUGCCUUUAAAUUAAAAAAUUGUAUACGUAACUGACAAGUUGAAUGGGUAAUUGUUGUCGUCAAUUUUUAUCUGUCUCUUUGAAAUUAUGCUCGACAAUAUUUAUCAAUACUACACGCGCAAGUUUCAACGUUUUUGGAAAUGAACGUAGAACUAUUUCAUAUUCAUAACAGCUGCAUAAUACUGGAAAAUGUGAUAAUAGCCGAUAAUAGCGAUCUCGUACAGGAUAUUAGCGACACGUUUGUAAAUAGACCUGUAAAUUUUGUAUCAUAUAGCUCAUUAAGUUAGUUUAAUCUUAAGCGCUGUAUCAUAUCGCCCGCUGAACUCUGUACACUAUAAUUUAUUUUUAGUACAACGUAUAGUUAUAUACUUCCUGCGAGACUGAAAACAAUAUGUAUUUUUACAAAAUAAAACGAACUAUUCUACAGUAACUGUAUUCUACGAUAGUUUUACAAACUCCCGACCUCUAAGUAUCUGUCAUAGUAUUAUAUGAAACUGAAAUUAUUUCUCGAUGCCUUACGUGCCUUCAAAUCAUCGUCUGUUAUCGUCAUUUUUCGGUAUGCGCGUUUGUCCCUGUUUACUCGCACCGCUCCAAUUUUCGUGCGUGCACGCAGCUCCCUGGAGCAAGAAUUCGCCAGUGCGUCGGGGUCGAUGGAUAGAUGAAGUAUCCGUCGAAGAAGCAAAAGAGACGGGCAGCACCACCAUCGGUGGUCCGGUCGUUACAUGAAACCCGCGCGACGCGUCGGUGCCCGGUUUCAUCGCAAUUUGAGAACCUGCAGACUUCUUCCUUCGCGGCGAUGACUCCUUCCUUCCCUUUCCUUCUCCUGGCGCGUCCAGCGUGCGCACUUUACACGUCCUCAGCCUAUCCUUCCUUCAGCGGAUGGAGCUCUCAAAUUUAGUUUAUCGAAAUUUAAUGAAUGUUACGCGCCCUGUCUCGCGGCGAAGUACUUACUUGUCGAGGUGAAUGACGAGGGAUUUCUACAAAACACCUCCUUCUCGCAGAUGAAAAAUGACUUUACAAUGAUUUAAUACAGCGACAAGAUUCUAGUAUUUUAAAGAACAAUUGCGAGAGGUUAUAUUUAUAUUAAGGAUUUUAAGAGAUUGAAGCAGUUUGCGUUCUUAAUUAUUUAAAGAAACGGAUUGUUUUAAUUUCACAAAAUUUGACUUCCAAGCAAGGAAACGUGUAAACGCGAACUUCUGGAUACCGCAAAAGUUAGAUAAAUAUGAAAUGUUUAGAGACAACCGAUAAAAGAGGAGAUACGGGCGUCUGAAUAAACAGCGCUAGAGCAUCAUAAACCGACCGCAGUAUUCCAGUGGUAACAGAGGUGCCUCCGCCUUUUCGCGUUUAACGCUAUUUGGGGGGGAAUAGAGCAAACUUCCGUGCGCAAACCACCGCGCUUGAUCAUCCUUUUCAACCAGAACGGCGAGAAAAGUAAAUCCCAAGUGUUAACUUGCACAGCAACGUCCCUUUUCCUGGAGGAGCGCGUUUCGCCAAUGUUGCUUUAUUACGUUGCCGAUCAUAAAAAUAUUUUCUCCCCCAUACUUCACAUAUUCGUUGUAACUAAGCUAACAAGCUUAAAUGCAAUUCCGCUACAGCAGGAAUUAUUACGUUGAGCGCAUAUGAAAAUUCUGAUAUUGAAUGAGAAUUAUUUUCAAUAUUCCAGAAACUUUGAGGAUUAAAAUUACCAGCACGUCCGAUGAACGUGAGACUCGAAGAUCUAAUUAAUCUUUCUAAUGGUGUUUUCAAAUUUCUCCCCUGCGCUACAGAGCACUUUAAUUAAAAUUUAAUAUUCAGGAAAAGCUAACUAUGGCUGCGAGCAUGCGUUUUACGUGCGUCUCGCGCUGCGUCGCGUGGCAUGUGUAACGUUUCUUCGUCUCCGUUGCGGUCCUGGCCGCGAUAACAUCAAUUAAGCUACCGUGAGUGGCCGUCGCGAAGCGCCCGAUUUACGAUCGCAUCUAACCGCGAGGAUCUCCACGAUGAGAGAUAGAGGAGGAGGAAUACCGAGGGACCCCGAGGACCGUCGCGCGAGAAGAAGUGAGAUGGAGACAGAGACGAUGGGGCCACAUCCCUCCCCCCCCCCCUCCUUUUGGACGAGAGAACGUAAAUAUUCCCCGAGGCAAUUAAUUCUACGGAGUCGACUACCACCUUCGCGCUGUCAGCGGGCUUCGUUUUCUGACAAAGGGUAAGUCCGGCCUGGCGACCAGUGUUUGGCUGCUUUCGCGAUCGGGCGGGUAGGGGUUGCGCAAACGAAGGGGAGGCGGAUAAAGGGACAAACCGCUACCGCUGUCGUUGUCUGAUCUUGGAGAUUGCUUUAUUUGAGAGACGGUCUAACGCGCGCGCCGCAUACGCCGCCGAAAUAUCUUCUCGGUCCUCGGGAUCGGGAUCGGGAUCGGGCUACCGCAUCGAGCGCGAGAUCAGAACCGGCGGGGAUUAAGCGUCGGGAUGGAAGCUGCAAUCUCGCGGUUGGAUCGGGCGAUAGCCACGAUCGCCCGUUCGAAAUUUGUUCGUGCAGACCGCGCAUUCGGCAGCCACCCGCCCGCGUCAGCGAUUCCACCGCAGCACCUGUGUGUCUCCUCCUCAGCCCCUUUCUUCUUCGCGGACACAGCCGGGCAGACUGAACCGUAAUUUAUGGAUGAGAUGUCUAAGUGACUGGAAUUAGGGAUUGCGACGAAAUAUGCGGCGGGAAUGCGCGCUUCGUUGCGUUUGAUAUGUGGAAUUGCUCUUCAAGCAGAGUCUCAUAUCAAUUGAAGAUUAAAGGAAGACCCUGAACUUUUUUAACUUUUUAAAAUACUACACAGAAAAAAAUAGUUUUUGACACUAUCUACAAUCAUGUCUCAUAUAGAAGUAAAUCUUAUAUAAAAUCUUCAAAGAAUUUGAUAAUCUUCAACAGACAAAAAGAAUUUUGCAUACAUAUUUUGUAUACACGUAAAAAUAUAUUUUGCUAAAAUUCAGAAUUAUCAAACUUUUUAAAGAAGGUUUCAUAUUGUAAUUGCUUACAUAUAUGAGAUAAAGAUUAUUAAAUCAAUACUAAUUUUUUCCAUGUAAAGAUAGUAUUUCUGUUUAUUACAUUAAAAAAAAAAAAAAAACAAUUUAUUGAACGUUCGUAGAAUCUCAAGAAUAUAAUUCCGAUACACAUCUCACAAAUCACAUAUCAAAUAUAUAUUUAUUGCGUAAUAUUUUUGAAGCAUUUCCUGACGUCGAAGAAUCGAAGCAAUCGCUCAAUAUAAAUAUUGUCGCGCUGUUAAUCGAUCUCGUCGAAACGGAGGGGCAUCGAGACACGUGGCUAGGAUAAGACCGGGCCACGUGGGAGAAGAUAAACAACGUAUACAUUUACUAGCGCACCCGUCGCGGCGGAAUUACUCGUAGUACCGACCACGAUGGACAUAAAUCAGCCGCUCCUCGCCGCCGGCCGCGACGUCUCGCUGCCAUUCGCCCGCGCGAGGACCAAGUCGCGACCAGCGAAUGCCUUCUGUCCCGCUCGCUCAGGCUCGGGUCUGCUGCAUAUAAUACAUUCAAUGAACCCGCUCGGGACUUGUUCGAGCGGGGAAAACGUUGCCCGCUUUGCAAGGCAGAGACCUCAGGAAAUGAAUAAAUGUACGGAGCGACUCUCUCAAUCGCAUACGCAGGAGUCAGUCACGAACGUCGUAUAAACGUAUAAAACGGGCGCAAUAGAAAAUUAAACUCGACGAAUGCAAGAGGGGUAAUUCCCUGAUCCCUUUUCAAUAGGUAUCGCAUCGGGGACGCUCUAAAAUCGUCGCACAGCGUCGGCGUCCGGGUGGUCCGAGGACGGGAAGUCGAUCGCGUGUAUUGUCUAAGAAGAAAGGGAAGGGGAGCGAUGUUCUCCUUUUCGUACGGAGUGAUGUAUACAUAUACGAAAUCACAUCGCGGGAUCCCACGAGAUGUAAUAUCUCUUACAGCGUGCCUGCUCGUGCGUGCUCCCGCGAACGCUUCCGGAUUAUAGGCGCAGGUAGACGGGGCCAGCCCGAUCCUGGGGAAGGCGAGGAGCAACACGACCGCCCAUUGUGCCCCGCGUCGAUGAUCCCGCACCGUUCGCGCGCGUCUCAAAUCGUAAAUCGGCGAAGGAUCCCUAGGUACCUGCGAUCGUUUUUUCCCCCAACGUGUUUCAAACCGCCGGCGUACUCGGCGACCCACACCCCAGAAGAUACAAUAUCUCGUGAUCUUUUUCUAAUGUCCUCGAUCCUUGAUUAUCUCUAACUUGUAAGUAUCGAAGGAUACACGAGAUGUGGCCAAAAUAUUGCUCUCCUACUGUUCUCAAAGUUUUUAGGUAGUGAAAUAUCCUUCUUUCAAUAGGAAAAAAAAA